UUGUUAUAUAUAUACUAGUGGCUACAACCCUAUCCAACCGCAGCAGGACAUAGCGAGCUUCAAGUAAAGAUCACACAAAGACCUGACGAUGCGUAAAGGCCUGGAUGGAAAACUCAGAAUGGCGUUGUUAGUGAAGUAAGGAUAACGGCAUUCGAGCGGGUAGAUUUGACUUGGUGGAAUGGCGGUUGCUAGCGAUACAGCCCUUGAUGAACAGUUGACUAGGAAUAAAUCUGUCACAGAACCAUGGAUUACAAGUCCUAGAAACGAUGACAUCAAAAAGGGGAACUCAAAUGAUAUAAAAGACGAUACCACAAAUGGCAAAACAAUAGCAAAUGAGACAACAGAAAAAACUGAACCAUCAAACUCUGUAUCCAGCAAAACUGAUAAUACAGCAGAACCUCUCAAUGAGAAUGUCAACAACGAAAGCAGUGAGACUGAGGAUAACAAAAGUAAUACAAAGCAAUCGUCACUCGUGGUGGAGAAACCGGAACCGGAACCGGAACCGGAACCGGAAUCACAAUCAAAAGAAAAUCACAAUGACAAGGACGGAACAAACUCUCAAGGAAAUAGCGAGGAAGUCAAACCGACACUCGUCGGAAAUGUGCAAAAGAUAGAAAAAAUGUCUAUUUCUGCCAAAUCAAACGAUAUUGCUGAUCUUAAACCGAUCACUGAUGACGAUCUAGGUAUGUACGAUCCGGAGCUGUUCAUUACCGAUGAGGAAAGGAAGGCGUUUGAGUACAUGAUUGAACGGAGAAGGGGAGAAAUUGAAAACGACAAAGUGAAGUUUGAGAAAUGGGUCGAUUCACUUACAAGGCGGAGAAUGUUUGCCUUAAGCAGACUGCGCAAGCUUAAAAAAGGGCAUGGAGAACGUGUCAAGCUUUAUGGAAAAGUUCAGGACUAUGUAAAAGAAGUGGAAAGUGUUCUGAGUUCAGUGUCUUCCUCUGCUAAAACAGUUCGAUCCGGAAACAAGAGAGCCACAGUGCAGUCCAGUAAACCGCACUCUGCAACCUUCUCAGCGAGCAAACAAACGCGUCGACAAGUACCAGAGACAAAAGACCUCCAAAGGGAGAUAACUGGAUUUGUUAAUGCUCCUGGAAGUGAUAAGGAAUCUGGAUCAACAUCGACUGAUAGUACCAGUAAUCACAGGAAUGGUUUUGCCAAGGAUGAAAGUCCCAAGAUUGUUCCUGUUCAGUCAUAGGUUUGACAUUGGUUAUAUAUUAAAUAUGCAAAAUCGUCGAGUCAAAUGCAUGGGUUAAACUUACAAUCGUCACGUUUUACGUGUUAACAUUUAUAUUGAUGUUAUUCGAAUUGUUCUUCCAUGUCUUUUACUGUAAACAUGUUACUGUUCUACUGCAGUAUUUACUCCAUCGUUAAUUUGUUCACGUAAUACAUGAAAAUUCUGUCUACAUAGAAAUUAUUUUAUUUUAUUUGUGUGACAUUAUAUUCGUCAGUCAGCUAUAUCACUUAAAUAUACAUGGUUUACGUACAGUAAAGUGCGGUUGUUUAUAGUGUAAUGAUAAACUUUUUUAUCUUGCAAAAUUAAGUAUCGUGUUGAGGUUGAAAAAAAGCAGUAUCAAAUUUGUGAUUUUGAAAUCGCAGGUUCGCUUUACUUUAAAACUUGCAAAAAUAAAACCGACGUAAAACCUGUUUCAAGUAUAAAUACAACUUAUGAUGUAAAAAAAGUCAAAUAAAACGAAUAAGAGCUUCUAGUUGGCCCUAUUAUAGAAAACGCUAUUUCUCUAUAUUCUACUCCAUCAAAAAUCGAUACUGAUUUUUAUUUUACAAAUGUUCCUUUCGUAUUUUCUUAAAUGCAUUAUGUGUGAAAACAGCAAAAAGUGUGAUUCGGAAUUUAUUGCAUUGCUAUUUUAAUAUGGCUAAGGCAACAUGUAACCUCUAAUAUCUAAAGCCAUCGGUUAGAUUUGCAUAUCCAGUUCAUUUUUAACUCACCUGCCCGAAGGGCAAAUGAGCUUAUGUCAUGGUGCGGCGUCCGUCUGC